AUGGCAUCACCAAAUAAAAAAACAAUUCCAACAAGAUCGCAAUCUUGCAACAUUCAAUCAAAAAGACGUCGAGCCAGAAGAACUUUCUCACGCCCUGAUAACGAGCUCUUUCUAAUUAAUGCUGUAGUAAGGCAAGAUGUGGACGAUGCUCAAUUUAUACUUGAAAGAAGGGAUGUGGAUGUAAACUCAAUGUGCUACCUUGGUUGGGCUGCUGUACAUUAUGCUUGCAAAAAUAAUCAGUUAGAAAUGGUGAAGCUACUAUUACAGUAUGGUGCAAACACUAACUUAAUGACAAACGAUGAAAACUUUCCGUUAAAAAUUGCCGUUACCUGGGGAGCAUUUGACGUUUAUUGUUUUCUACUACAAAAUGGCGUUUUUUACAAUUAUACAGAAAACGAUUUACGCAUAAGUUACUUGUAA